AUGGGGCUGAAUCCUAAAGUCACAGAGCGCCAGAGCCUUGUGCAGUUCCAGCCGAGUGUGAGCCUGGCAGGGCUGAGGCCUUGCUCUGAGCCCUUUGUGGCAUCAGAUCCUCCAUCCUCGAGGCAGCCCGUGGGAGCUGCGGCCACUCAGCCCCAUGCAGAGACCGUGGGCAAGUUCGAGUUCUCCCGCAAGGAUCUGAUCGGCCACGGCGCCUUCGCGGUGGUCUUCAAGGGCCGCCACCGCGAGAAGCACGAUUUGGAGGUCGCCGUCAAGUGCAUUAACAAGAAGAACCUCGCCAAAUCUCAGACCCUGCUGGGGAAGGAAAUCAAAAUCCUGAAGGAACUGAAACAUGAAAACAUCGUGGCCCUGUACGACUUCCAGGUAAGGCCUCCGGGCUGCUGUGUGCCGGGGACGGGGAUGGGGGACUGCGGCCCCAGGUGCUGGAUCCCCUGGCAGGCCCUGGCAGCACUGCCGGCCUGGCCCACCUGUCUAGGCCGUGUGUUUGUUGACAUUGCUCCCGCGGCCGGCAUUGGCCGGCCUUGCUCUGCGUCAGACAGGGCGGGGGAGGGGCCGCCGGAGACUCCUGCUCGCUGGCAGUCAGGGCCGAGCCCGGGCACAGGCGGCUGCCGCUGGCUGGCCAAGGAGAUGACCUCAGGCCCGGCUGGCCCCAGGAUGCAGGCGGGCUCCCCAGGUCCAGUCCUGGGCAUCUCCAGGCCAGGCCCUGUGACUGUCUGCAUGACCCCCACAGACCCAGGGCCAGCUCUGCUGGAGCUGCAGCUCAGCCUGCCCUCGCCCCACAGGUGCGGGGAUUGUUGCCCUGUGUCGGCCCCCGAGGUCAUCAUGUCCCAGCACUACGACGGGAAGGCGGACCUGUGGAGCAUCGGCACCAUCGUCUACCAGUGCCUGACGGGGAAGGCGCCCUUCCAGGGGGCUCACCCCUGGGGGAGCAGACACGGCCCCCAGCCUGAGCCGCCUCUCCCCGCAGCCAUGCGCACGCUGAGCGAGGACACCAUCAGGCUCUUCCUGCAGCAGAUCGCGGGCGCCAUGCGGCUUCUGCACAGCAAGGGCAUCAUCCACCGCGACCUGAAGCCGCAGAACAUCCUGCUGUCCAACCCCGCGGGCCGCCGCGCCAACCCCAACAGCAUCCGCGUCAAGAUCGCUGACUUCGGCUUCGCGCGGUACCUCCAGAGCAACAUGAUGGCGGCCACACUGUGCGGCUCCCCCAUGUACAUGGAAAUGGCUAAUUCUGUCUACCUGGUCAUGGAGUACUGCAACGGUGGGGACCUGGCCGACUACCUGCACAGUGAGUGCACAGCUGUGCCAGUUGGGCUGCCAGCCGGCCCCCCAGGGCCCCGCACCCAGGGCCACCCUGGCCCAGCCUGGGAGGCAGCCUGGCUCGACAUCCCCCGGGAGACCUCGGCCCCGCUGCGGCAGCUGCUCCUGGCUCUGCUCCAGCGCAACCACAAGGACCGCAUGGACUUCGAUGAGUUUUUCCAUCACCCUUUCCUCGAUGCCAGCCCCUCCGUCAGGAAGUCCCCACCGGUGCCUGUGCCCUCGUACCCAAGUUCGGGGUCCGGCAGCAGCUCCAGCAGCAGCUCCACCUCCCACCUGGCCUCCCCGCCGUCCCUGGGCGAGAUGCAGCAGCUACAGAAGACCCUGACCUCGCCGGCUGACACCGCUGGCUUCCUGCACAGCUCCCGGGACUCUGGCGGCAGCAAGGACUCCUGUGACACAGACGACUUCGUCAUGGUCCCCGCGCAGUUUCCAGGUGACCUGGUGGCUGAGGCGCCCAGUGCCAAACCCCCGCCAGACAGCCUGAUGUGCAGUGGGAGCUCACUGGUGGUCUCUGCGGGCCUGGAGAGCCACGGCCGGACCCCAUCUCCAUCCCCACCCUGCAGCAGCUCCCCUAGUCCCUCAGGCCGGGCUGGCCCGUUCUCCAGCAGCAGGUGCGGCGCCUCCGUCCCCAUCCCAGUCCCCACGCAGGUGCAGAACUACCAGCGCAUCGAGCGAAACCUGCAGUCACCCACCCAGUUCCAAACACCUCGGUCCUCUGCCGUCCGCAGGUCAGGCAGCACCAGCCCCCUGGGCUUUGCAAGGGCCAGCCCUUCGCCUCCUGCCCACGCUGAGCAUGGAGGCGUCCUGGCCAGGAAGAUGUCUCUGGGUGGGGGCCGGCCCUACACGCCAUCCCCUCAAGUUGGAACCAUCCCUGAGCGGCCAGGCUGGAGUGGGACACCCUCCCCACAGGGAGCGGAGAUGCGGGGUGGCAGGUCCCCUCGUCCAGGCUCCUCUGUGCCCGAGCACUCUACCCGCACUUCCGGGCUCGGCUGCCGCCUGCACAGUGCCCCCAACCUGUCUGACCUGCACGUCGUCCGCCCCAAGCUGCCCAAACCCCCCACGGACCCCCUGGGAGCCGUGUUCAGCCCCCCACAGGCCAGCCCUCCCCAGCCGUCCCACGGGCUGCAGUCCUGCCGGAACCUGCGGGGCUCACCCAAGCUGCCCGACUUCCUGCAGCGAAACCCCCUGCCCCCCAUUCUGGGCUCCCCCACCAAGGCUGUGCCCUCCUUCGACUUCCCAAAGACCCCCAGCUCCCAGAACCUGCUGGCCCUCCUAGCCCGGCAGGGCAUGGUGAUGGCGCCCCCUCGAAACCGGACACUGCCCGACCUCUCGGAGGUGGGACCCUUCCAUGGUCAGCCAUUGGGCCCUGGCCUGCGGCCAGGCGAGGACCCCAAGGGUCCCUUUGGCCGGUCUUUCAGCACCAGCCGCCUCACUGACCUGCUCCUUAAGGCAGCGUUUGGGACGCAAGCCCCGGAGCCGGGCAGCACGGAGAGCCUGCAGGAGAAGCCCAUGGAGAUCGCACCCUCAGCUGGCUGUGGAGGGAGCCUGCACCCAGGAGCCCGCGCUGGGGGCGCCAGCAGCCCCUCCCCGGUAGUCUUCACCGUGGGCUCUCCCCCGAGUGGGAGCACGCCGCCCCAGGGCCCCCGCACCAGGAUGUUCUCAGUGGGCUCCACUGGCUCCGCUGGCUCUUCUGCCCGCCACCUGGUGCCUGGGGCCUGCAGCGAGGCCCCAGCCCCCGAGCUCCCUGCUCCAGGACACAGCUGCAGCUUUGCCGACCCCAUUGCUGCCAACCUGGAGGGGGCUGUGACCUUCGAGGCCCCCGACCUCCCUGAGGAGACCCUCAUGGAGCAAGAGCACACCGAGAUCCUGCGUGGCCUGCGCUUCACGCUGCUGUUCGUGCAGCACGUCUUGGAGAUCGCAGCCCUGAAGGGCAGUGCCAGCGAGGCGGCCGGGGGCCCUGAGUACCAGCUGCAGGAGAGUGUGGUGGCCGACCAGAUCAGCCUGCUGAGCCGAGAAUGGGGCUUUGCGGAGCAGCUGGUCCUGUACCUGAAGGUGGCCGAGCUACUGUCCUCCGGCCUGCAAACUGCCAUCGACCAGAUCCGGGCCGGCAAGCUCUGCCUGUCGUCCACCGUGAAGCAGGUGGUGCGCAGGCUGAAUGAGCUGUACAAGGCCAGCGUGGUGUCCUGCCAAGGCCUGAGCCUGCGGUUGCAGCGCUUCUUCCUGGACAAGCAGCGGCUCCUGGACCGCAUCCACAGCAUCACUGCCGAGAGGCUGAUCUUCAGCCAUGCUGUGCAGAUGGUGCAGUCGGCCGCCCUGGACGAGAUGUUCCAGCACCGUGAGGGAUGCGUCCCGCGCUACCACAAGGCCCUGCUGCUCCUGGAAGGGCUGCAGCACAUGCUCUCAGACCAGGCCGACAUCGAGAACGUCGCCAAGUGCAAGCUGUGCAUUGAGCGGAGACUCUCGGCGCUGCUGACUGGCAUCUGUGCCUGACCUUUUUUGGUCUGGCUGGGCCCUGGUCCUGCCGAGCCCUGCAGGGUGGGCUCUGUGCUGGCUGGACUCCUCGGGACAAGCCCAUGGCACUGAUCGCUGGUGCUGAGCCCUGCCCUGGGCCCCACGGACAGUCAGCCUGCCGGCCUCCCUGCGGGUCACGGGGCAGAACCAGCACACCUGGAGCCACACAGCUUGGGGGUGUCUCCCAUCUUGUACAGGUGGGGAUCACAGAACUUCUGCCCCUCUGGCUACCUGGCACAGCAGGCGUGGGUGCCACCACCCUCUAGCCCCGGGGCAGCGCUGAAGGACAGGCAAGGGCCUGAGACCGCUGCCGACUCAAAGCCAAAGCGAGCUCCUGCUUCGGGCAGGUCAGCAGUCACUGUGCCCAGGAAGAGCCUGCGGCCUCGGCGUCCCCCAGUCUCCAGGAGCCUCUCCCUCCGAGAUACCCACCCAGCUUUGUCAAUCACCCAAGCACUUUAUGCAGAUAGAGACAGAAUCUGGACCUCACUAGGGACUGCUGGGCGGUGAUUCCUGGCAGUGGCCUGGUGUUUGUACAUACACAUAAGCGGACACAUGCCAGGGCCCCCAAGCCUGAGCACCGGACCACGGAGCUGCCCAGGUCUGGACCUCAAGGGGAGAACUGGUUCCGGGGUGAGUGGGGCCCUGCACCAGAGGCAGAGGCAGUUCUUUGUUCAAGCGUUCCUCUAGGGACCGGCAGCAGAGGCACUGUGUUCUCUAAGCCCUGGAUACGUCUUGUAAUCUUUCACACUUUAUUCCUAAAAUGUGUCUUAUUUUUAUGCAGCUAAUUUUUUCUUUAAAGGAGAAAACUUGUAGGUGUUUAAGAAUUGGUUUUGGGAGGGCGAGGACUGGGCCAGGUUAGAGGCAGAUGGCGCAGGGGCGUAUGGCAGGCAGGUGAGGCUGCUCUGUGCACACCUGGGUCAGUGGCUGCAGCAGGACAGGUGUGUGCCCAGCACCCUCCCCACCUGGGCCUGGGGGCAGAUGAGGGGAAUACUUCAUGCAAGGAAAAAAGUAACAUAUGCAAAAGCUCCCCGUCCAGCGUUGACAGCCAGCUGUGGUGUCAGCCCCUCGGCAGGGUAGGCCUGAUGACAGCCCUGUCCCUCCCUGCCUCGGCCUUGCUCAGGGCCACUGAAGGUGUCCGCAGAGAGGCCUGCCUUCCGGAUUCCAGGCGGGCAUGUGCUGCAAACCCUGCCUGGGCCUCCCUUGGUCUGCCCAGCCUGGAUCAGUAGAUACUUGAACGAGUCCCCAGUCUGCGGGAGGCAGCGGUGGGGCCAUGGACCCACGCGGGGGGUUCCAGGGUCACACACCACAUAACAGACAAAAAUACACACAUGUGUGUUUUUCUUUGCAAUACUUGAAAUAUUGCCACUGUGCUUGGACUUAGAAGAAGAAAAUCCCCGUGAUUUCUUCCUCAUCACCUUGAUGGCUUUAUUCUCACCUUGUGGGGCAUGUUAGUAUUUAUUGCUUCAUGGCCGACUGGAAUCUUGAGUCCUGGGAAGCUGGCACUACGGGGAUCUUGCCUGGCGUCCUGGUCCUCUUGCUUCCGUCGCGGCCGCGUGUGCGUGUGUCCAAGCAGGUCCUGGGCGCCUCAACUGCCGCCCCUGGUUGAAUGUUCUCUUGAUAGUGCUGGACCCUUUGUCUAUUUUAAAGCAAAUUUUGUGUGAUUUCCUGCCCUUUGCGUUAUAUUGUGUAAUAUCAAUUUAAGGAAAUAAACCUUUGGAAUUGUUGGGCUGGUGUCA